AUGUCCAGCCAGCUUGUUGUAGUUAUUACUGGCGCAGGUAGAGGUAUCGGAAAGUCGUUGGCCCAGGCUUAUUUGGCACGACCAAACCACACCGUCGUAGGGACCAUCCGCGACGAUGCAGCACCAGGCGUAGCCGAAUUAAAGGCUAGCCUCAAGGGCGACGGUUCGCGACUGCUUCUAGUCAAGAUCGAGAGCGCCUCUCCUCAAGACUCGACCACGGCAGUCAAGGAGAUGGAGGCUCAGGGGAUCGACCAUGUUGACAUCUUAAUCCCGAAUGCUGGUAUAAGCCCACCGAUUGAGCCGAUUGAAACGGUCGACCUUGGAGUCCUGAGCAACGCGUUCAACGUCAACGCAGUAGGCCCAUUGGCAUUAUAUCAAGCUUGUUACCCGUUGCUUAAGAAAUCGAGCAAUGCCAAGUUUGUCCCCAUCUCCAGUGCUGCAGGCACCUUGGGAGGAAUGGGACAGGGUCGUACUCAUGUCGCCCCCUCGUAUUGCAUUUCCAAAGCAGCUUUGAACUGGAUCACCCAGGCAGCACAUUGGGGCAAUGAAUGGCUUACGGCUGUUGCGCUUAACCCGGGUCUAGUCGAUACCGAUAUGGGAAGCAAGACUGCCAAGUUCUUGGGAUUGGAAAGGGCUCCCUGGACUCCUGAGCAAAGCGCGGAGAAGAUCAUGGGCAUCAUCGAUCAAGCCAGCCGAGAAAAGUACUCUGGAAAGUUUAUCAACGCAAUCACUGGUGAUGAGUUGCCUUGGUAA